GGUUGAAGUCUCGGUUUGAUAUGUCGUUAGCUAGCUAGAGGAAACAGAAGCGUCAAUAUAGCGGAAGUGGUACUGCCCUGAACGAUUCUAGGAGCGAGACGGAGGACGGAGGUUGCAUCUCUCAGAGAAAAAAAACAGGAAUUAGAGCCGUAAAUAUUACUGAAAAAUGGACAAGAACGACCUAGUACAAAAGGCUAAGCUCGCUGAGCAGGCAGAGCGCUAUGACGACAUGGCCGGGGCCAUGAAGUCUGUGACGGAGCAGGGCGGGGAACUCUCCAACGAGGAGCGCAACCUGCUGUCAGUGGCCUACAAGAACGUGGUGGGGGCACGCCGCUCAUCCUGGCGCGUCAUCUCCAGCAUCGAGCAGAAGACAGAGGGCAACGAGAAGAAGCAGGCCAUGGCCAAGGAGUACCGGGAGAAGAUUGAGACCGAGCUGCAGGACAUCUGCAAUGAUGUGCUGGGACUUCUUGACAAGUACCUAAUUGCCAAUGCGACUGCAGCUGAGAGCAAGGUUUUCUACCUGAAAAUGAAAGGCGACUAUUAUAGAUACCUGUCUGAGGUAGCAGCUGGAGACGCAAAGAAGACCACAGUGGAUAACUCCCAGCAGGCAUACCAGGAUGCUUUCGACAUAAGCAAGAAGGAGAUGCAGCCCACACACCCCAUCAGGCUCGGCCUGGCCCUCAACUUCUCUGUGUUCUUCUAUGAAAUCCUCAACAACCCAGAGAAGGCCUGCACCCUGGCCAAAACGGCAUUUGAUGAAGCCAUCGCUGAACUUGACACCUUAAACGAGGAUUCCUACAAAGACAGCACCUUGAUCAUGCAACUACUAAGGGACAACCUGACUCUGUGGACAUCGGAAAACCAGGGAGACGAGGGAGAGACCGGAGAAGGAGAAAACUAAUGGAAUUGCACUGUUAAUCCACCUACACUCUUAAACACAAACAGCUUAUAAACAUCCCCUUCCACUCCAUCAGCCCCUCCCCCUUCUGUAUGACAAGCAGCCUGAAUUGUUCCUGACCAACUAGUUUACCCCUCUCAGGUCACUGAGGCGACAGGGUAAUGUUCAGUUGUUAGCAGGUUGUCAUUUUGUUUGUGAAAAUAAUGUGGUUGUAUUGAGUAGCGAGUCCAUGUUUGUGUGCGCGCGUGCUAGAUCAUAUGUCUGUGCGCCUGUGUGUAUGACUGUUUGUGUUGGGGGCCGGGGGGUUGUGAAUUCUAAUCAUCCUUCAUUUCUUUGUCCUACCUAGCUGGUUAAACAUUUUUCAUUCUUUUUUUUUUAUGGUCAUUUUUUUUUAGUGUGAUUCGUCAUGGUAUUUGAAGGUUUUAUCUUAUGGUUAUUAAACUGGCAGUUAAUUUUCACCUAA